CCGAAAUAAAAAAAACGCGAAACGGCUGCUCCAAAAACGGCACAGAAGUGAACCCGAACGAGAAGAAAAGCAAAACACGAAGACGAAAAUGUCGGCAUGUUCGGCAGCAGCAGAAGCACUAGUUCCACCAAAAGCAUCAGCAGUAGUACAAGCAGAAGCAACGACAUAGUUUGUUUCGGAAAAAUCUAAUAAUUGUUUCGUUAUAGUGAAGAAUUUUACCCGGAUGAUUCUAAUUUUGAUUUCUUGAAAACAGGGAAAACAAUUUAGUUGAAUGUUUGACGUCGCGAUAUUCACAGCUCCUUUUUUAUGCAUCUUAGUUAUGUGCAGGAUCUAAUUCAGCAAAAUGCAAUAGUAAACCAAAAUCGAACAGUGGAGCAGUAUGUCGAUGGUAUCAAUCGAAGUUGCUCAGUGACCCACAGAGAGACGUCUGAAGUUUUCACAAUCCCAGAGUAUCGAUUUACUGUAGGUGCUGGAGAAAUUGAAGGUUUUCCUGGUGGUGCAGCGGCAUAUACUUCAUGACAUUCUGCCUUUGCAGAUAGUCAAUGCGGAUAAACCAGUGUUAAAAUAUGUUGGAUUUGAUUAAAAUUUUGUUUCAGGAAACGCAUAUUGAGGUGAAGAAAAAAAGGUGUAAAAAAGAAUAAUGUGGCUUAUACGUGAUAGUGUGCCAUCAAAUGAACGCCAAUUGUACCGUCAAUUUAAUUUUUUGGAGAUUCUGACAACUGUAUUUCCAUAUUGAUUUUGCUAGCGCUGAGAGAGUAAGGAAAAGAGCCGAGUUUCAAUUCUCUCUGGUACCAUUGCAUCUAGGGUGUACACAAUCAGCGGCAAUUUAGCAAAAAAAAUAUCGUUAAUGUUUUCAUUUAUUGUUCACUGCAUUCAUAAAAAAGUGUCAUUAUGUUGAAGUGUCCAACGAACGUAGAAAUAAAUGUCUGCUUCUAAUAAUUAAAGCGCAAUCGAUUUUGUUUCGUUCAAUAUAAAGGAUAUGUACAAGGAAAAUGCUGGGAUAUAUACGAUGACACAAUGGUAUACUCUGCGUUGGAAUGUACUAUUCCGUCUAGUUGAAUAUUGAUCAUCUUAGUGAGUGAGAUAUAAGCUAGGAUAACUGAAAAUGAAAAUUAGUCGAGUGUGUGUGUAAACAUUAAGGAGCUGGUAAAGAUGUGUGCAAAAGCAAAGCAUUAGUAAUCAUGGCCUAAACUAAUAGGCACACUUUUUCAACAAUGGAAACAUCCGUUUGUAAACGCAAUUUUUUUUAUUUAUCCUGGAAUUGAAAAGUGAGUGUUGAGGAAAAAACAAGUAAAACAAACCAAAAAAUAAAAAAAUAUGUGUGAGUUAUCUAGUUAAAAUAAGUUUUGUGAGUAGCAAUGCUAAUCAUGGAUAAUGCCUAUAAAAAGAGGAAAAGCGGUCGUCUGUGGGGUAUAUGUAAUUUGGUGUUGCAACGCAUGGAUGAAGGGAACAUAAUACGUAGAUGGAGGCAUUUGAAUGUUAUAAAUAACCAGAGUGUUGAUGUUGGCAGCCAAUAGCUUGCGGCUGCAAUGCGACAAACGAAUACAACAGCUGACCUUGCACAAUGUUAUGAAUCAUAAUGGAUGUGCUGAAGCGCAAUCAACUGUUACUGAUACUGGAUAUAAAACGCGAAGGAAAUCACCAUCAUCAACGAAAUCAAAAAAAGAAAAAGAAAUAAAUGAGCAUGGCUUGAAACACUAAUUAGAUAUUCGUUGGAUAAAUAUCAUUAACUGGAUAUAAUUGACAAAAUCUAAAACGGUGAAGUGAUUUUUUAUGCGAUGUUCUUUAUAUAAUACUAGUGAGCAGUAAUUCAGCUUCACUAGUCAAACGAUAAAGUGUUUUGAAUGAAGAAAUCGAGAAGGAAACAUUAUAAAUGUUAAGUGAUCCAGAGAGUCGAGUUGAUUUGAAAACGUUUCGGAGUGCCUCGAUUGUGAGUUCAAUAUUUGACACUGGUGGAUCAACUAAGUUCCAUCGAUUGGAUCCUAGUGUGCAAAUUGAGCUUGAAUCACCGGAUACUCCUCAACGAAGGGGUAUUUAUGAUUCCGGUCAGCUAUCACACAUGGGAAGAGCCGCUUCCGCUAGGAGUAUAGUCGAUACUAGGAGAGGAUUACAACACAAAAGAUCAUUUUCCAAGAAAGUAAAAACACAGCUGGUUGAAGGAGUGCCAUCCUACUUUCGCAGAAAUCAAGGGGGGCCGCCACAAAGAGCCCCCAUUAAUUCACCAUCCAGUAGUAAUAUGGAGUUUUUAAGAGGUGUUUAUGCAUUUAUGCAAGUGAGCAGAUCAUCGGUAAACCACGUGAAAACAGAUUCCUCAAUUUUUCGACUACACACUAAUGCAACUGUAAUUCUUUUGGUAACGUUCUCAAUAGCAGUAACAACACGACAAUACGUCGGAAAUCCAAUAGACUGCGUACAUACAAGAGACAUCCCUGAAGACGUGCUGAAUACUUAUUGUUGGAUUCAUUCAACAUACACUGUAGUUGACGCAUUCAUGAAGAAACAAGGUCAAGAAGUGCCAUUUCCAGGAGUGGACAACUCACAACGAAGCGGUGCGUUGACAAUUAGGCAUACCAAGUAUUAUCAAUGGGUAGCAUUUACAUUAUUUUUUCAGGCUAUUUUGUUUUACACGCCACGGUGGUUAUGGAAAUCUUGGGAAGGAGGAAAAAUACAUGCACUCAUGAUGGAUCUUGACAUAGGCAUUUGUUCCGAGAUAGAAAAGAAACAAAAGAAAAAACUACUUCUUGAUUAUCUUUGGGAUAAUUUAAGGUAUCACAACUGGUGGGCUUAUAGAUACUAUAUAUGUGAAUUUUUAUCACUGGUAAAUGUGAUAGGCCAAAUGUUCUUAAUGAACCGAUUUUUUGACGGUGAAUUCAUGACGUUUGGUUUAGAUGUAAUAGCACAUAUGGAAGCGGACCAGGAAGAUCGAAUGGAUCCUAUGAUCUACAUAUUUCCUAGAAUGACCAAAUGCACCUUCUAUAAAUAUGGUGUCAGCGGCGAAGUUGAGAGACACGAUGCCAUAUGCAUUCUUCCGCUAAACGUAGUCAAUGAAAAAAUUUACAUAUUUCUGUGGUUUUGGUUUAUAAUUCUAUCAAUACUUACAACGUUGACAUUAUUUUAUAGAAUAAUUAUUAUUUUCUCGCCUCGAAUGCGAGUAUAUUUAUUAAGGUUAAGGUUUAGGUUAGUUCGUCGCGACGCUAUAGAGAUUAUAGUAAGACGUUCGAAAAUGGGCGAUUGGUUUUUAUUAUAUAGAUUAGGUGAAAAUUUAGAUAGUAUUAUAUUUCGUGAUGUAAUGCAAGAUUUAGCGAAUCGUCUACAUAAUAAUCAACACCAUCGUGUACCUGGUAUGAAAGGUGAAAUACAGGAUGCAUGAUAUUGGCUAUCAUAGAUCUUAUUUGUUAUUACAACGCUGUUUCUGUAUAAUUUAUUUACUUCUCGAUUUGAUGUUGAGAUAUUUGUGUUUGUAAAAAAUACUCAUCAAUUUUUCGUCAUCAUUGAGUUAGAUUCAUUGAACAACACAAAUCACAAUAUAAAAGACUUUAUACGAGGACAAAGUAUCUCUAUCAAACAGAGCUUUGUUUGAAGUGAAAAAUUAAAAUGACUUCUAUUCAAACCUUUAACUAAUCGGCACCAUGAAAUCUUUGUUAAGUUCUAGCUUUAUUUUUGCCAAUGAGCGUAAUCGUUUGCCGAAGCAAUGUACUAUAAAAAAUAUACGACGAAUGAUAUUAAUACCCAAUACAAAAAUGACUUUGGAAUGUUUCAGUAGCGAACCAGAAUCUAUAUUGUAAAUAUUGUUAAUUAAGAAGAAUGACAGACAGGUAUUAGGGUAAAUAUUUGGCACAUAGAGUUAAUAUUACUCAGUCUCACAAAACGAAAACACACAUACGUAUAUAGUUAUGUACAUUACAUAUCCACAAUUCAUGUCUCAUUAUAGUUGUAUAUGCACGCAAUCAACACACUAUUUCAUCCUUCCUGAAUUCGUAUGAAUUUCUAGUAUCACAUUUUUCGGUUCAGUCCGCACCCGAUUUUGUCUAUUCUGAUUUCGAUUAUGUGUGUUUCUCUGAUUAUUGUGUAAUAAUUACGGGUAUUGUGCAAUUUGUUUUAAGUUAAUUCGGUGCAUUAUCUUUUCUUUAUUUCAUAUAUAUUAGCUGUAUAUUACACAAAGCAUGACAAAUUGCAAUUUGCAGACAAUUUGACACGACAUCGAAAAAAAAUUUAUAAUGUUUCUUGCUUAUACUCGCUUGUAGCAUUUUCUUUCAGAUUAACAAAUACUGCUAUUUCAUUAUCCAUUAUUCACGCUGAUUCUUGAUUCGAGCGCACGAUCAAUUGUGAUUAUAUGUUAAUCAAAUAUAUGAUAAUAUGGAGUGGACACUUUUUGUGCAGUGCAAUUUAAGUUCCAUACUUGAAAAAAAUCACAUGAUUUCAAAACUUAUCACAAAUUGGGAUUUGGACAAAAAAAUUGUUUUGUGCAAAGCAAAUUAUAUUAAAACUGAGUAUUUCUACAAAAAGAAUAAAGUUAUUUAAAGCUUGUAAGUUAUUGUUUGAAAACUAUUUCAGAAACGGUCAUCUUUUAGAUGAAAUUUAAAAUAAUCGACAGAUGAACAAAUGGAAUCGUUGGUUGUUAUCAUUAAUAUAUUUAUAAAAACUAUUAGACAAAUUUUUUGGCCACUAAGGCCGUAAGGUUAAAGAGUCGUCCAUGUGGGUGAUAGUGAAUUCUAAUCAUAAUAAAAUCAAGCCAUACGGUACAAAAUGUUGGUUAAUCGUAAUAAUGAAACUUCAAACACUAUGAAGUACAGAUGUAAUAAAAUAAUGAAUCUAUGUAAAAAAAAGACUCUAAUCAAAAAAUGUGCUUGACAGAAAAUCUUCUAUUCAUGAAAAUUCCUCAAACGCACCUAAUAUCGUUCAAAUCUGUUAAAAAGUUGCCUAUAUUAUUGGUUUUCGUAUAUAUUUAAUCCUUUUCAAUAAAUAACGUUUGAACUAUGUUUUCGAUUAAAAGCUGUUUUCAAGGAUUAUAUACAGGGGUUAAACAAAAUGAUUUAGACAAUUUUGUCAAUUUUUAAAUAACCAGAACUUCAAGAAAAAUGAUUCAAUUUUGAUGAAACUGGUUUCAUUUUUCUAGAAAACUAUUCUAGUUUCUAAAAAUCACUAAGAUAUUUGACGGGACCAACGGACACUGGGAAUAAUCCGGAUUUUAGGAGUGUGUGUCAAAAUGUGUAUUCUUGCAACGUUUAGAACUUUUUCUGACAACUUGUUUCUUUCAGGUUUAUAUGUUUCCAAUAAACUAGAAUUCAUUCCGAGUUUAUUGGUACUCAAAGGUUGAAAAUCUGUCGGAGAACCAUAGAGAUAUGAAUAAUUUAAGUAUGGGUGUUGUUUACAGCAGUUUUUUUCUCUUAGUGCGUUCCAUUUUCCUUGGGCACCCUAGAAAAACUCAAUAAAACUUCGUGGAUGUGCAGGCCUUAGUAAACGUAGCAACUUUGCAAACAUUUUUUUGAAAUUUAUCUGGACUAACAUUUGAAAACGUUUGAAGUAUUUAAACCUCUUUCUUAUAAAUCAACAUAAUAUCGAAAAACAGAGAAUGAUUGUCAAUAGAAUUAUCUGAAUUUCUGAAUUUCUGAAAUCUGAAUUAAAAUUAUCUGAACUUUUAUUUAAAAACAAUAAAAAAUUGAAUUUCAGAUCCUACACUGAAAAAAUAUAAUUAUAUAUAAAAAUAUCGGUCGUGGUCCCCGUGGUUCUGUGGUUAGUGAUGUCGGUCGGCUAGCUCGUCCACACGGUUGUGAUAUCGGGUUCGAUUCCCGAUCAGGUCGAGGAACUUUUCGAGCUGGAAAUUUUCUCGACUCAGCACUGGGGCACGGUGUAUCGUUGUACUUAUCCUACAACAUGCAAAAUGUGCCGAAAACAAUAUCGAUAACGAAUUCUCUCAACUAAUCUAGUUGAUCGAGACCGCAUUAGCCCCCCAGGCUAGCGUGCGAUAUUGUAUUGUAUAAAAAUAUCGGUCAUUUGGGAUUUUUUCAAAAUGAAGGUUUUAAGAUAGACAAUUUAGUUGCCUUGAACUCUUCAGAACAAACCACAGCGCUAACUCUUGAAGAAAAAAAGUUUUUCUAACAGAAAUCUUUUCGUAUACUAUGUAAACAACAGCAAAAAACCUGCAAAAAAACAUACUAAAUUAAAUAAUAUCUCUAUGGUUUCUCGGCUGAUUUUCAACCUUUGGGUCCCAAUGAACUCGGAAUGAUUUCUAGUUUAUUGUAAACAUAUAAACCUUUAAGGGGUUAUAUACCUUUUAGUUUUCAAAAAACCGAAAAAAAAAUUUAUUGCAUUAUCUUGGAAUACAACAUCUUGAGAAAAUUUUCACAAAUUUUCAUAAAGUUCUGAGCAAUAGGAAGAAAGUUAGAGCGAUUUGCAGCGCGCCUCGCCACGGCCGCAUAAGCUAAACUAGAAACUUUACACGCGAUUAUCUCGGAAUAGUGUUUUCCGAAAAAUGACUUUGCCGUGAUCCUGAUUGCGGGAAAACUACUGAACCGAUUUCCUUCAUCUUUUUUUUUUAAAUUUUCGUUAUUAAAUUCGCCGGUCCUUGAACGAUCGCUUUUCGCAACAUACAGUUAUAUUUUGCCGCAAAAAAAUUUUAAUACAAUUUGUAGCGCUCAAGACGUGCAUUUAUUGGGAAAAACGUUCCCGGUUGCACUGAAAACAAAAUACUCAUAAAAGCGAUCGUUCAAGGACCCAGAACACUUCUAAACUAAUGAAAUAAUAUGAGUUUUUUUGAUUUCGGUAGACCGCGUAGCGUUUCGGGGAAACGGCCAUUACUCCAGUAAUAAUUGGUAUAUCUCAAAAUCAAACGUAUUUUGUGGUUGUUGAUAAACUGUACUUUCAGAACCACUUUGAUGCAAUGAAAAUGGUGCUAUGCACUUUAAAAUAAAUUCAAACUUCCCUCAUUUUUCUCGACCAAAAAGGUAUAUAACCCCUUAAGAAAUAAGAUGUCAGAAAAAGUUAUAAGCGUUGCAAGAAUCCACAUUUCGACACACACUCCUAAAAUCCGGAACAUUUCCGGUGUCCGUUGGUCCCGUAAAUUUCCAUAGUAACUUUUGGAAACUAGAAUAGUUUCACAGUAAAAUGAAACUGGUUGCAUCAAAAUUGAUUCAUUUUUCGUGAAGUUCUAUUUCAAAAUUGACAAAAUUUUGCCUGUCUCAGUCAUUUUGUCUACCCUCUGUAGUUUACAAAACUUUCUAUAUGCAAUCUAAAAUCUUUUUAAACGUUGCAGGACCCAAAUUAGUUAAAAAAAAUAAUUUUCUUAUAUUUAAUACAUUUAUUCAAAUAAUUUACACAUUAAGUCAACUGUUGAACAAUGAUUGAAGCAUAAAUCAUCUGCUGACCAAAUCGUUUCAAAUGCAACUUAGAUAAAAUCGGUUCAACCACUGCAGAAAAAUUUUGUUAGAUAUUCACAAAGUGCAAAUCAAAUGAAUUUCUAUGUAGUACAGUUUUAUUUACAAGUUUAUUCAUAACAUAAAUGAAAUACAUUUUAAUGCUUUUUUGUUGAUAAACAACAGAUUACUUGAUUGUGUGAACAAAAAAUAAUAGUUUUCUUGAUGUUUCUGUAGCGUACCUAUUAUGGAAUUGGUUUCUUCACAUGUACCUAUAUCCUUUGAAAGCAUAAUUUUUGGAGCAUAAAAAGCUAACAAUUUUGAUUGCUCGUAACUCUAAUAUUUCUUGUCAGACUCAGAAGGUCUUUAUACUUUUGCUUCUUAUAAGAGGAAGCAUAAGAAUUGGAAAAUUUCCUACCAAACUUAUAGUUAUUUUAUAUAGAGAUUGAACAAAAUUAGUAAAAACUCCAGGAGAGAAAUAGCCACCCUAACCAUCAACGCAAACAAGCGAAAUACAAAAUAUUGCAGUUUCAAGGCGCAUGUCGCGCAAAAUGAACAAACAUAAUAUAUCGAUAUUUGCAUUUUCGACAUGACAAAGGUUUUCUGAAAAGUAAUCUGACUACACAGGUUUAAGCAGCAUAAGGGUGAACAAAACAUGAAAGACUUGAAAUUAUGUUGUGGAGAAUAGGACAGACAAAUUCAAAUAAAUUUUGCUACGCCUUUACACCACACUAGUCACAUUAGUUGCAACUUAUAUACUGAAAUUCAUUUGCACUGUAUAUAAACGAGAUUUUUUUCUAAUGUUUUUUAGUGUUUCUCUUUGCUUUUCUUAUGUCUUAUGUAUUUUGUUGCCAAGCCUUUUUAUUACUUUUAGAGUGGCUUAUACUAACCAAUCAUCUAUAAUAACACAUCAUACUAUGCGCUAAAUGCUUUUUCUUGAUUUUCAGAUGUCGACAAAAUUGAGUACGGAUUCGGAGUAAAUUUAUUUUGAUUUAAAUUGAACAUACGCCCGACGGAUUUUGCUAGUUACACACAUAAAUUACGGAUUAAGUUAUUCGAGAGCUUAUGAUGAUCAUUUCGAGUAAAAAUAAACUAUUAGCCAAACAUAUUUAGAGACGCAUUACUAAUCAACUGAAUUACACUUUUAUAGUAGAUGAAAUACAUGCAUUUACAGCUAACAUUUUUUCAGUAGAGACGUACUUAAUUGAUCUCACAAUUUUCAUCUACAUUAUAGUCAACCCUAGAGAACUAGAGAUACAUAAACAAUUUCACAAACAAAAGCAAACCAUCAUAACGAGUCUCAAUAAAAUCAUUAGCUACGAUUAAGAUAGGUAUAACAACUCUACCCAUCCAGGGUUCAUCAGGCAAAAUUAUGAAACGUUAAGAAAGUAUAAUAACCGUUGAACACGGCAUAAAUCCGAACGCAAAUAGCACAUACAAAAAUAAAUAGAAAAUCUAGUUUUCUAUUCAUUAACAAGAGGAAAAAUGCCCGUUCAAGCUGUAUUUAUUCUGUUUUGAUUUGUUGUAGCAAUUGCUCUGUUCAUCCAUAUUUUACCCAUUGUUAUCAAAACAAUUAUCAUGGAACGAAUUGUUAUAUAUUUUAAUUCUUAGAAACCUAUCGAGAGUAGCUAUAGCAGUCCUUGCUUUCGUGCAUAAGACGUUUCAGUUCGUGAGUUCGAAAAAACGAUGAAAAGUUACAGUUUUAAACAGCUUUUUGCAUUCUUAGAAACUAAGCCGCCUUUACGUGAAAAAAAAAACAAAAGUACGCGCAUAUUCUGUUAAUAAAUUAGUUUUAUGACUGAUUCUUCGUUCUUCUGCGUGUACUUUUCGAACACACAAGAAUUUUAAUUGAAAAAGUGGAAUUUAUGUUUUGCGCACCACGUGCAUCAUUGAAAGGAAAACAGCUAGCAAACUGACCCGUAAAUUUUUUUGUGAACACUGCCAAACAUCUCCAGUAGAAUCUAGCUCAAAAUGCAUGGUUCGAUGUAUUUCACUAAAAACGUAUUCACACAUACUGUUAAUAUGCUCAAAACAGCGUUUGUAUAUAAUACCUAAUUUUUCUAAUAUGAUCAUCCCUUCCGAUAAACUUAUCUAGAAACUAAGAAAUAAGUACUCAUCAAGCGAUUCUUUUAAAAAGGGUCUUCAAGUCUAAUUUUAAAGCCUGCAGAUUCCAAAAUAUUUAUUGAACGAUAUCAGACACCGUGUACAUAGGGUAAUAUGCGUGUAAUACAGUUUUUGUUUCGAAAUCAGCCACUGAUCAAAUCACUGUAUCUUGAAAUGGUAGUUGUUUUUAGAAACCGACCGAAAAAGUAUCAAAAGUAUAUUAAAAUCUCUAUACAGCGAAAUAUGCUAUUUCCCGAUUCAAAUCAAAAUGAAACAAUUAGAUAGUGUAAAUAUUUAAAAUAAUGUAUAUAACGAUGGUAAGGAAAUUUAUAUCAACGAAAUCAAGAGAGGAAAACGAUUCAAAGAAUUUCUGCAUUUCCGGAAAAUACUAACAAAAUCGCGAUCAUGAAAUAUCAUGUAAAAAUAAAAUUGCUGAGUGAUAUUUUAUGCAAAGCACCCCAAAAAUCUAUAUAAGUAGUAGAAUGUCUUAAAUUUUAUUCUAAUUCAUUCAAUAAUUAUUUAUAGGAGAAAAACCUUAGCGCUAAAUGAUUUCAAAAGAAUCCUUUUGAAACAGAAAUUGACAGUUUAAGUGGGACUUCAAUUCCUCUUUAUUUUGUUUUCAUCUUUGGAGAACUGCCGUUAUAUAUUCGUAUAUCGACAAAUGUAAAUAAUCAUCUAAGCCCAGCUUCACAAAAUCCUUCAUUAUCAGAUUCAAUUUACGAAGCAACAAUAACGAGAAGUCAAAUGUCCACAAUUGCUAAUAGAAAAUGACUGCUCUUCAUCAAAAGCCAAACACCAAAUAUUUUUACCGGACAGAAAAGACGUAUCAAUAUUGCCGAUUUUCAAUAUGAAAUAUUUUUCUUAAAAAAUGUGCCAAUAAAAAUAUUGAAUAAUUGAAAAAAUUACAUUUAGGCAGAACGCAGCAGGUACAAGCUUUAAUAAUGUCCCUUGUUUACAGUAAUUUGGCUAUUAUAGAUUCGGUUUCUCUGAGUUGGUGAUUAAUAUAUGUGAUGAAUCAAUAUAAUCCUUAUUUUUUUUAAGAAUUACAGUGUUCAGUCGACAGUAAAACCAUCUUGUAAAAUCGCUGGGAGAUAGUAAUAAUUUACAUUUUUGUCUGUCAAUUACAGUGUUCACGUUGUAGUCAAUCGUAACGAUAAAGAGAAAAACUUUAUCACAAUCGAUUACACCAACCAUAUGUUUUUCGCUGCAAAACAUUGUUUCGAUUGAUAUUAAACGGGAUUGAUGCGAUUUUUCUGCUCGGUUCAAAUUUCAACCAAAUGAGCUUUAGAAAAAAAGUAUAUGCAUGUAUAUGUAUACUUGAAUAUGCAUACAUGUACAUAGAAAAAAAGGUAAAUGAUGUGUAGGUGACAUCUCCUUUGCCGCAAGUUUUCAAAGAAAGUUGAGGUGGUAAAUGGGCAUUAACAUUAUAAAAAAUAGUACAUAUAAAAGUUACACUAGUACGCAUAACAGAUUAGAGCUGAAUAUUUCCAAAUAUGGGCAAAAUGUGACUGUAUUCAAAACCAUUUAACACCAAAAUUAAGUGCAUUUUACUCGAAAAAGAACAAUAUUUAUAUCUGUUUAAAACUCUAAUAAUGUUACCUUUGUAGCAGAUUUAUGCUUUUCUGGACAAAAACUAAAAAACAACUGUAUUGUGUUUUUACAUUAACAGGAAACUUUUUUUGCAUUUGUGCUGUAUAGUAAAGUUGAAAAAAUGUGUGAAUCUACAGAGAAGAACUGCUUAAGAACUCGACCAUCGACGGUGAACACGUGAACAUGGUUGUGUUGUGUUUUUACCGCAACGACAUGGAGCACUAUAGCUUUAAUCAUAAUAGGAUAGUCGUACCAUUUAUUAAAGUGCCAAUUUCACAUUCAGUGAUUGUACCUCACACUGGGGCUAACUGCUAUUCGAAAAGUUGGAAGAGGGAUAAAAAAUGUCCAGCUCAUUCCGAUAAUAGACAAUUGUUAUUUCGUUGAAUAACUCGUGUAGCUUAGCUUUGCAGAUGUGGCAUGUAACAUGGAAUUCAUGUUAAUAGUUUUUCGUGGCAGACAAAUCACGUAACGCCCUUACCCCCCUAAAAUUACGUUACGCCAAAAAGCCAGACCCUUCCUCCCUUUUCCAUGAAAUGCUCUUAAGCAUAACCAUCAUUAUAGCUUUCAAACUAGAGGUGCGUUAAUAUAUUCAGCAAAAAAUAAACUGCAAAAAAAUAGAUUCGUAAUUGUCCCAAGUACCUUCCCACCAUCGUUACAUAUGGAUGUAACGGAGAGUAACGCAGACUUAAUCCCUCUAUAUGCGUUACGUAAGUUGUGAACGACGUCGCCUUCUACAUAAAUCAGAACAGCAAAACACAUUUUCUUCCGUUAUAUACAAUUUAUGAUUCUAGCAUAAAUUGAGAGUUUUUCUCAAUAUUUCGUUUUGCUCUAAGCUAAAUAAUUUACUAACCAGUAAAUUCUACUCUGGCAGUUACUAAAUCGUAAUUUUUUAACAUUGCCAAGAAACAAAUAUUCAAUGGUGCAGGAAAACUAAAGGAAAACGCUGAAUUCGGGUAGUCCAGAGUUUUAUGAAUAGAAUUAAAAUUUUCCUCCCUCGAGACUCGCAGUUUUGACUUCAUGUACCGGGUACAGCAAAGUACCUAGAACGUAAUAAUUUCUUCCAAAAACGACUAAAAACAUACAUUCCUAGUUAAUGGCAAAAGAAGCACAAUCCAAAUCCCGACGAUGAGGUUAAACAAAACGUUUGUCAAAUCAAGAACUAACUGCCAUUUUGUUCCGGUGUCAUAGUAAUGUUAUUAAUAAAUAUGAGAGAUCCUUGUCUUCGAGAAGCUUUUAAUUUUGCUGUGUUUUUAACGAAACUGCUAUGAAAUUUACAUCAUUUAUCUGCGUCAAAAAUAUUCACGUAAUUGAAACCGGGUGAAUCGGAAGGAAACAGUCACAUUUUACAAGCAAUAAUAGCAAUAUAAAAUAAUAUCUAGUAUCUUAAUAUCGAGUUUCUUCUUCAAAUAAUGUGGAAGUCAUCAAGGCUACUAAUUCAAAUUAACAGAUUUAUAAACAGAGCUAUUCAAAAAAAGUCCCGAUUUUAUUCAUUUUAUUUAUUAUUUAUUAUUUUUAUUAUUUUUAAAAUUGUCAUUUAUGAGUUGGCUGAAACUUUGCACAGAUGUUGAUAUAGGUUUCAGAUGUCAUUUUGUGCUUCUAACAUUUUUUAAUUACGAUAAAUUUUUGAAAAGGGUUUAUACAAAAAUGGUUUUGAAGAUUACAAAUAUUUUUAAAGCUAAAAUUUUUUGAUUGAUCGGUGUGACGUCUUCGGCAAAGUUGCGGAUAAUAAUUUUACCAUAACGAAGAAAUAUGCAUCGCAGAAAGAAUGUUGUUCUACUGCAAAAAAAACUAAUUAUCCUAAAAAGCUCGUUUCUUCAAACUUUAUUUUUGAAUAAAAAAACUAGGUUAGCCAAACAUUGAUGGUUACCUGACCAUGAAGAAACAAGAGAAAAAUAAAAUUUUUCCAAAAAGAAGGGAGAAAUUAAAACCAGAACAAUUUGUUUCAUUGGUACAAUGUCUUCGGUAAAGGUAAAGUACAGUAACUUUGUACUUUUAGAAAAAAAUACACCCUCAGGCAAAAAAAAUUAAGACAAAAAUAUUAUUAUUGAUUAAACAUUUAAAAAAACACCAUUCAAAUAUCUGGAUUUUUUUUACGAAAACUACACCAUAUUAGCUAAACAUUGAUGGUUGAUUAAACUUGGAGAAAUAGAAAAUUAAAAAGUUAAAAUCGUAAAAACAAUUUUUUACGUUCCAAUUUUUUUGACGUGGGACUACGUCUUUGUUUUCUGUACUGGUAUGCAUUCUGUAAAAUUGGAAAUGAAACUGGCAAAUGUUGCGUCAGAUUUCAAAGGAUAAUAACAGCAUUACCACAUGAUGGAUAACAAUAACCAAUAUGUUGAUGGAUAGAUAAAAUGUAGAACAAUUUUGUAAUACGCUAGUAUCAUUAUUUUUCAUUGUAAAGCGGUGAAAAUCGAUAAAAAGUGUCAAGGACAAAUUCACGCGAACAAUGACCCAAUCACAUGCGAGCAUUCCUAGACAGACGACAUGAAUAGACACCAACCAUUCCGUGGUAUUAUCUAUAUCAAUAUCCCAAAAAAAAUUGACAGUCUCCCCGUCGCAAUAGGUCAAUUUAUGUUUGCUUCCAUGAACCUAGACUAAAUUGAUGUCUCGAAGGUAAAGGUUUUUCGAAAAGUUUGAAACAACCCCUUUUCUUGAACAAUUUCUAAACCUGCUGUUAGAGCGUAAUAGAAACUGAUGUCUUGAAAGAAAACAUGCUGGUAAAAGCAUCAGUACCAUAGAGUAUAUGUGAGCAGAGCGCCGCUAGUUUCUCGUCGUCUCUCGUUGCAGCGGGCACGACUUCUGUUCGCGUGCAAUCAAAACUGCAAUGCUGCUACUGAUGGUGAUUGAAAGUUUAUCUCAUGAAAACGAAUACCAUGAAAACCAUAAAUUACUCAACAAUAAUUGAACGUAUUUGCAACGGUUAUAAGUUAUUGUUAUUUAUUUUUUAUCUUCGAUAUUCACCAAAUAAUCGUGACCGACAUAGUAUCGAACGAGUAAAUUUCUAAAAAAAUUAAUUUAUAGAAAAGUAAGAGAAGACGAGUGAUUGUGAAUUGUUUGUCCAUUUACUAGGGUCUAUUCAGAAUCUUUUUUUUUUACAUUUCAACAUCGCUGGAUAUUUUUUUUUACUUCACAAAUAAAAUAACAUACAUUAGCUGUCUUCGUAGUACAGUGAAUGUAAUUGUUAGCAAAUGAAACAUACUUUUGAAGCAAAAAACAAAAAUGAAUCUUUUUAAACUUUAACUUCGUUGUAAUUGUUAAAUGAUGUUUGCACAAGAAAAAAACACUACAGGCGCAACAUAAAUGAAGUUCUUUCGAGUGUAAUUAAAUAUAGUUCUGAAAAUAUGAAGUGGGGGCUGAGAGUUAAAAUACGUAAAUCACUGAACAAACGAAUUUAUUGUGUCUGUAGUUACAGUGUUUAGUCCCACGUCACCAUUUCAUGCAACCCUAGGGCUGUACACCUUGUAGUAUUCUUCUACCGUGUAUAUUUUGUUUUUGUUUUCGAAAGAUCAAAAUUAUUAUCUACAACUUUGCCGAAAGCUUUAUACCGGUCAAUCAAACCGAUUGGCUCUAAAAGUAUAUUUAUCUGUAAUGGUUAGAAAGUUAGAUUUCCCGUUAGCAUAAAGAGCUUGCAACAUUUCAAAGACAUUGCAAAGUUUCUGUCAUGUCAAAAAUAAUCGAUUAAAAUGGUUGCAUGUACAUAGAAAAAAUUGCACAACAGUGAUAAUUAUUUCAAUCGCCAUUUCCACGUCAUGACGAUUUAAGCAAAGAGAUGGUGAUGUCAUUCGAAUGACAGAUAAAUAGCAAACAUGCAUUGUAAAUUUAGAUAUGUAAUAGUUGAAAGAGUUUGUUGAGAUUUAUUUAAUUAAGUUAAUAUGUCAUAAUGAUCGUCAUCACCGUUAACAGAAUGGAUAUUUAAGUGAUAGUCGAAUCGAUAAAGGUGAAUUAUCAAAACUUAAUACAGUUGCAGUGCAUUAACCGGGUACACGAUCAUUUUGCACAAUGCGGUAAAAUCGUCCAUUAUUGACGUAAAGAAUAAGAAUAAUGCUGGACAUUGCGAUUUGAAAUCGAAUCAUGCUAAUGCUUUAGAGUGGUGUGACAAUAUUUCCCAAAAGUGUAACGUUAAUGGUUAUAUUACUUUGCGACUAUCUCAAGCAAGUAUAUUUGUUGUUCCUACAUUUACUUGGAAUGAGUGGUCCGCAUCACGAUUUGAAUAUUUCAGUUUUUUUUUCUAAACUAGUAGGGCAACACAUUAAAAUUUAAUAAAAAAUAUUUUUUUAACUUAUUCGAUAAUAAAAUUACUAAGCAAAUUAAAUCGGAAUAGUAGUUAAAAACAGAUUAUAUGCUACUCGAAUAUGGGAAUAUUAUCAUAUCCAUUCUAUUUAACUUUCGAUAUUAUACGACAAAACUUGUUAUGAUCCAAUGAAAAAUGAAGUUCCAUGUGAUGUCAUAGGACUUUCGAAUAUUUAAUAAAAUAAAAUAGCUCACCUACUCCGCCCUUCCAUGCAGAUUAAGCCAAUAGAUAGGCUGCUACCAUAUCAAAUACUCGUCGUCUGCCUACAGAAGUGCCAAACAUGACUAAAGUAAUUUAACAAAAUUAAACUGAAUUUACAAGCUAAAAACUCCGUUAUACCGCUGAUACAUUGAUAUCUGCAUCUUCCAGACAUUAUUUGGUCGACUAUUUGCAUAUACUGUAUCCCUAUAAUGAUUGAAAAUCGAUAUAUUCAGCUUAGUUGUUAUGCGUACUCUAUGAACAGUAAACAUAUGUCAAUAUUGAACAAAUCUAUAAUUUUUCCGGUGAGCCUGCAGUUUAUCGUUUCCUAAAUUGGUCCUUCUUAUUUGCUACUGCAAAUAAUGCACAGUUUGUUUCCUAACUUCCCGGAAAAUGCUUUUAUUUACAUUUUUCAGUCAACCAUAAUGUAGAAGACUGCUUGAUAAUAUAGUUAUAAAUUCAUUGUCAAUUAAAAAGGGCCAACAAAUUGUGCACCAUUUGGAUGAGUACCUGAAUCAGAAUUUUUGUUUAAAUCAAACUUAAAAUCAUAAAUGAAAAAUAAAAAUACUACCAAUAAAUUGCAAAUCAUCUUUGAAAAUUUUGCGAAAUAUAAUUAGCUAUUCUGCCAACGAACAGUUAUAUUGUAGCAAUAUUCAAACACGAACUGCAGGAUCUCUUAAGUCAACGAUUAAUUCAGUUAUUUCAUCACAAACGCCUACCAUUACGAAUUCAUUAAUACAAACUGCCAAACAUUGACAUAUAACAACUAGCCAGGAAAUAUUACAAAAUUUCUUACCAUUCAACUUUCACAUUUUGUCGAACUGGUCUUGUAAAACAAAAUAUUUAAACAAUAAGCAAUUUUGUUGAUAUUUAGUAAAUACAGAAAUAAUCAGACUAUUUUUAUAUAUUGAAAGUCUUAUAACGUGGUAUGUGCGAAAGUAGUAGUCAAGUAAACGAGAAUUUUGAAAAAUUAAAACAGUCAAAAUUUCGUACUCAACCAGAAGGACUAUACAUCAUUACAUGAUUAAAAUUGCAUAUACAUAAGGUAUUUGUAAUUUUCGGACAUAAAUCGAUUGCGGGGAAAUUCGACGAAUUGAUUAAUAAAACACAAACAAAACAAACAAAAAAUAAGCAUACUGAAAUCAUCUCUAGUGAUUUUAUAGCAUACAAGAACAAGAAUUUUAAUAACGACCAAACUUAAUAUUAAUUAUACACAUAAAUGUUUUUAACGAUACGGAAAAAGGAAAAAAGAGCAAAAUUGAUACUAAAACACCAACAAGUGCUAUUAGUAAAUAAAACUCAAUAUUAUCCGUUUAUUAUAUUUCAUUAAAAUAAUGAAGACGAAUCUUCCAUUUCAGAUAAAGAAAAAAUGAGAGUAGAUCAUAAAUAAUACAAUGCGCAUUAUAAAAAAACGAGUUAAAAUAUGGUGAUACGAGUGUUAAACCAGAGUUAUUAUCUUUUAUUAAUAAUCUGAUGCAGAAGGAUGAGAAAUAAUAAUAAAAACUAGUUACUGCCUUAAAGAACAUAGAAAAGAUACAAUUGAAGUUUAUUAAAAAAAAGUAGCCGAUGACUAUAUAAUGUAUUGAAAAAGCAAUCGGAUGAAAGCGAAUAACACGAAAUAAGAAGUAACCUACUUUAUAUGUUGCAUAACAGAGCAUCAAUUCGAAUCAAGCAGAAUUCUUUUCGUGCAAAAUAUUACAUAUAACUAUUCCAGCUCAUGAAAAUGAAUGAACAAAUCACAAACUAUUUGUUUUAUAUCUGCUUAGUUCAUGUUUUUUGAUAUCAUGAUUCGAAGUAACCCUGUACUCAUUCAAUUUAUAUAAGUCUCAAUGACAUUGUAAAUACUGCCAUGUAUACAAUAAAAUAAAAACAAAAUAUUUCUAACACAAA